AUGCAGUCCUCCCUGCUGAAAUACAAAUCCCCCGAGGUUGAACGCAUUACUAGCCAGGAUGCCUCGAAAAGUCGGGAACGAGCGAAGGCACCCGGGGAGGGGACUUCCAGUCAACCUGUUGCGAUAGCCACGACAGAAGAUAUCUUAGAUUUUAUACUGCCGCCGCGCGAGUGGACAGAAUAUGGACAACUAUGGAGGCAGAGAGUCAGUAGCACUCCAGCAACGCGUGCCGAUGUCAUCGCUCUCCAAGGCGAACUUGACAAACGUCUGAAACAAAGACAAGCGCGGGAGUACGGUCUCUGUCCGGUUCGGGAAGAGUUGUACUCCCAGUGUUUCGACGAAAUACUCCGGCAGGUGACAAUUGCGUGUGCCGAGAGAGGUUUGCUUCUCCACCGCGUGCGCACGGAGCUCCGCACAAUGAUUCAAGCUUAUCAGAAGCUGUACGAGUCAUCUGCAGCCUUCGGCAUGAGGAAGGCGCUGCAGGCGGAGUAUCGCAAAGAAGAAAUGGACGAGCGCCUCGAAUCGCUAACCCAGAGCAACAAGCAACUCGAGCAGGAAGUGAAAGUAAUGGAGCGCUACGUUGAGAAAACAGUACAAGAAGCCGCGGACAGAAUGGAACAGGAGGAGCAAGACCACAAAGCAACAGUAACCGCACUUAAGAAAAAAUCCCAGAAAAUGAAGCAUGAACUCGAAAGACUUCUCUCCGUUGCGUCUCGAAGAUGA